AUGGCGUCGUUACUCCUACAGAUCCUGGUUUGCGCCGUCGUCGGCGUUAUGGCGCAGGCCGCAACCAUCACUCCCGCAAACGACAUCCCAUCAUGGAGCGAGAGAUCGGGCAUGCAGAUGUCCUUGUCGACGGCUGGUGGCACCGUUCCACUAUCGUUCAUCGUCAUGCCGUCGACGGAGAACCUGGGCUUGAAUCAGUCCGACGUUGUCCGCGGGGCAGUUCGUAUUGAGGGUACCAUGGUAGCCGCCGACUCUUCGAAUUACAAUCAGAUCAAAUCAAAGACCCAGGUCGCAUACCUUUCUUGCGACACUCAAGAUGGCAGUGGCAGUGGCUUCAUCAACCCUAACAUGAUGUUGGGCACUCUGAUGGAAAAUAAGCCAAAGGCUAUUGUCUUGUACAGCACGGUUGGCAACUGGUGUAUGCUUGCCGGCUCGGACCUGACGUAUUACUCCAUCUUCACUAUGGCGGAUGCUGGAGACUCCCAACAGGCCCUGCGCAUUCUUAACGGCACGAAUGAGGCAGACCAGCUCAAGGUCACCAUUACAGGAAACGCAACUGGCGCUGCUGGCGAUGAAGGGAAUGGUGGGGGCGGCAACAACUCUGCUGUCGCCAUGAGCAUUCUGUACAGCAUUACGGGUCUGAUUACACUGCUCUUCUUGAUCAUCAUCGCCACCGGCGCCGUCAGGGCACACCGCUACCCUGAGAGGUACGGUCCCAGAAACGGGUUCAACGGCCGUCCCCGCCAGAGCCGUGCCAAGGGCCUCGCCCGCGCUGUCUUGGACACUCUGCCCAUCGUCAAGUUUGGCGAGCGGCAGGAGGCGAAGCCGGAUCCCAAUGUUGAAUUGGAGAGCGCAUCGAAUGUACCAACGAACGACACAGCUGUUGACAGGCAGGGUGCCGCUGCUCCGGUGAGCACCAAGGAUAUCGGGGCCACUGCUACAGCGACAGAAACAACUACUGCUACGACUAGUGAUGCGGCCGCCACUGCGACUGGUGCCCUUGCUGCCGGCGGAGCAGCUGCCAGAGUUGCUGGUGCUGCCAAGAGUGCUGGUUCUGACAGUCGAGAUGCUGGAGGACAGGAGGAUGAGCACCUGGGUUGCUCAAUCUGCACCGAAGACUUCACUGUCGGUGAAGAUGUCCGCGUGCUGCCCUGCAACCACAAGUUCCACCCCAACUGUGUAGACCCCUGGCUGGUCAACGUCUCAGGCACAUGCCCGUUAUGCCGUCUUGACCUCCGUCCACAAGGGGAAGCAGAGAAUCCCAGUGAUGAACUUCCGCCCCCGCUUGAGCUGGACGGUCACGAGAGCGAUGGCUCUUCCACCUCGCAGAGACGGAGGACCCGAUUGUUUGACCUCAACAGGUUGAGGCACGCUUCGGCAGAAGAGCGUAUCCAAGCCCUUCGACAAUACCGUACCCAGCACCAAGUACAAGGUGAAGCUGGGAGCAGCACGGUCGACGUUGGAGGUGAGGAGAGGAACGACAGGAGCCGCAGGGCAAGAUUGGCCGACAAGCUGCGCGACAAGUUCCGGAUUCGAACAGGACCUCAGUCCUAG